AUCUUGGGAUGAGGGGCCCCAUGGCACAGACCCUCUAACAUGGGCCUAUGGGGCUGUGGGAAGGAUGUUCCCACUGUAGGUAUAGAGGGUGUGAAGGAAAAGGGUCCAGUGUAUCCCACGCCCCCAGAUUUGUGGGCAGGUUUUCCCUAUACCUGCCCUGGAAAAGGAUGUGCAAUAGGAUUGUCUCAUCCUGGGGACAGAGGGAGGGGGAAGGGCUAUUUCUCCUUUAGGGGAGCUCCCCUUUAGCUAGGAUCGCUCAGUUUUGCUCGGCCCCGCACUCCCAGGAGCGCAGGCCCUGGAGUGCUACAGCUGCGUGCAGAAAGCAGAUGACGGAUGCUCUCCGCACAAGAUGAAGACGGUGAAGUGCGCUCCGGGCGUGGACGUCUGCACAGAGACCGUGGGGGCGGUGGAGACGAUCCACGGUCAGUUCUCGGUGGCCGUGCGGGGCUGCGGUUCGGGACUCCCUGGCAAGAAUGACCGCGGGCUGGACCUUCACGGGCUUCUGGCAUUCAUCCAGCUGCAGCAGUGCGCCCGGGACCGCUGCAACGCCAAGCUCAACCUCACCUCGCGGGAGCUCAACCCCGCAGGCAAUGAGAGUGCGUACGAGCGCAACGGCGCCGAGUGCUACAGCUGCGUGGGGCUCAGCCGCGCCGAGUGCCAGGGGACGGCGCCGCCUGUCGUGAGCUGCUACAACGCCGGCGACCGCGUGUUCAAGGGCUGCUUCGACGGCAACGUCACCUUGACGGCAGCGAAUGUGACUGUAUCCUUGCCUGUCCGGGGCUGUGUCCAGGACGAGUUCUGCACCCGGGAUGGCGUGACAGGACCAGGGUUCACACUCAGUGGCUCCUGCUGCCAGGGGUCCCGCUGUAACUCCGACCUCCGCAACAAGACUUAUUUCUCCCCUCAAAUUCCACCCCUUGUCCUGCUGCCCCCUCUGAAGCCCACCACUCUGGCCUCAACCACUUCUGCCACCACUGCCAUCCAAGCCCCAACUACCCCCACCUCUACCACCAAACCCACCGCAGCCCCAACCAGUCAGACUCCUCCACAGGAAGUAGAACUUGAGGCACCCCAGAAAGAGGAGUACAGCUUGGCUGGAGGCGCCGCUGGCCACCAGGACCGCAGUAAUAUGGGGCAGUAUCCUGUAAAAGGUGGGGCCCAGUACCCCUCUAAUAAAGGCUCUGCAGCUCCUGCGGCUGGGUUGGCAGCCCUUUUGUUGGCUAUGGCUGCUGGUGCCUUACCGUGAUCUUCUCCACCUGGAAACUUCCCUCUCGCCCUACUUCCCUGGCCUUGGGUACCCACACUCCCCUUUAUUUCCCCUUCCCACCACUGGACUGGGCUGGCCCAGCCUUUCAUUUUCUGACGUCCCCCAGUAUCCCCAGCUUCUGCUGCACUGGUUUGUGGCUUCAGGAAAUAAAGUUACUGUUGUAUAUA